AUGAACAACGAUAUUACGUUAUACGUUGGAAAUCUUGCCCCAGAAGUAGAUGAAAAGAUCAUAUAUGAGCUGUUAGUACAAAUAGCACCUAUUAGGAAACUGAAAUUACCUAAAGAUCGUGUAUUGAGGAAGCAUCUUGGAUAUUGUUUUGUGGAACUUGACAACCCCACCAGCUGCGAAUACGCCGAAAAGUUGUUGAAUGGUCUGUACAUCUACAACAGACCCAUCAAAGUAAAAAGAAGUAUCGUUGACAAGCAAAACAAACUAAUAACUGAGGAUAAUGUUCUCGGAACAAAAUUAUUCUUGGGGAACCUCGACAGACUGGUUGACGAAAAGUAUUUAGUUGGCUUGAUGAAAAAUUAUGGUGUACAUGACCAACUGCUGAAACCACCGGAGAUAAAAAGAGACAUUCACACAGGAGAAUCCAUGGGAUAUGGAAUUUUAAACUUCAGAGACUUUGAGACGUGCGAUCUGGUGAUAAAGAAGUUAAACGGGCAGUUUCUUAUGAACAAGAAGGUGAAAGUGGAGUACGCAAAGAAAUCUAACGGCAAAGGUUACCAUGGGGAUAAGAGUGAACGGCUAUUAGCAUCAAAGGCUGAAGAAAACUACUAUCACAUAAGAACCGGUACUUCGAAGAAAAUUCUGUAA